CUGAUCCUGUAACAUUUGCCUUUAAUUUUCAUAAUUUUUAAUAUGGAAAAUACAUCAAAGUGGGUCGAUACGGUCCUGGUAUACAGCAUAUCAGUGUGAACUUUAUGUCUAUUGAACAUCGUAAACGUCAUUCAAAUCAAGAGAGUUCACAACGGUUAUUUAGAAUUUGACAUUAGGAAGAACAACAAAAUGGCGAACUAUACCGAAGACCAAAUGGCUGAAUUCCAAGAGGCAUUUCAGCUGUUUGAUAACAGAGGAGAUGGAAAAAUUCAUGUGGCUCAGAUUGGGGAUGCCUUAAGAGCAUUAGGUCUGAAUCCUACUGAAGCAGAUGUGAAAAAGUUUACACAUUCCUAUAAGUCAGAUGAACGGGUUUCAUUUGAGGUGUUUCUACCUAUUUACCAGCAAAUCUCAAAGUCAAGGAGUGCAGAUACUGUUGAAGAUUUCAUGGAGGGCCUUCGUCAUUUUGACAAAGAUGGUAAUGGUUUCAUCAGCUCUGCAGAGUUACGUCACCUUUUGACUACUUUGGGGGAGAAGCUAACAGAUGAUGAGGUAGUUGAGCAGCUAUUGCAAGGUCAAGAAGAUUCACAAGGAAAUGUAAAUUAUGAGGAAUUUGUGAAGCUGGUCAUGUCAGGCUGAGUGUCUAAUAGCAUUUAUAUUUUAUAACUACCAUAUCACCUAAGCUGCAUAGUGAUGUUAAAAUAUUAGAUACACUCUUGGUAUCAUUUUUUUGAAAAUACAUAGUUAACAUCUAUCUGUCUGCUAAGUUAUUGCAGCUUCAAAUGAUUUGUUAGCUCUCAUUUACUAAUUGUAUAUUUAGGUGCAUUUUAUAUAGUGCCUUUCAUUCCAAUGUAUGCUUUUAUGGCAUUUAUGAAUUUAUUGAUUUAGAGAUAGCCUAAUGAUGAAAAUUUUUAUACCAUCAGGCACUGCAGAAUACUUAUUUUAGUGAUAAAAUGACUAAUGUCACUCUUUAUUCAUAUGGUGUCUAUGUUUACCUAUAGGUUUUAUAGGGCAAAUAAAUUAUGUACAGGUUAAAAGGAUAUGUUUAUUGAAAAACUAUGUUUCAGAAUGAUUUAACAGAAAAAGGUAAGAUUUCAAAAUAUCUAACUUGUUAUUCCUUGUGCUGGGGCCUCUGGUGUAAGUAUUUAUGGAAAAAAUCUUACAGGAAUAUCUUUUCACCACUAAAAGAUUAAAAAAUUUGGUGACUGGUUUUUUGUGUUUAGACAUAUAGGAUGAUGGACGUUACGCCACAUUAGUAAAUGUUCCAAAAGUGGUUGUAUCUCUUUCUUGUUUGUGAAUGACUUUUAUGAAUAAAAGCAUUAUUAGGAAAUGCAAAAUGAGUCAAUGGUCUACAAAAAAUAUAAAACCGGUGUACAGGUCUGACGUUGACAGACUCAGAAUGGUGUGUCACUUGUUGAUAAGGGGAAUUUUGAAAUUUGACCAGAUAGUCAGCUGUUCUUUGCUAUCACGUUUGACGUAAUGGAUCAUAAAGAUCAUACCUAGAUGUUUUCUAAGUAAAUAAAUUAUGAACAGAUUAAAUAAUAGUCUAUGACUAUUGAAAAACCUACUACUACUAAAAAAGGGUAGGUUUUCUUAACAUUUCUGGGCAAAUUUUGGCUGACAACUUGUUAGUCCUUUUCCUGGGGUGUCUCUUAUCCAUUGCAAAAAAGAUCUUAUGCUAAUAGUAUAUCCUCCAUUGAAACAUUUGUAGUGGGUGUCUUGGUUUUUUGUUCAAAAUCAUGAUUCAGCCCUGAAGGAAAGAAUGGCAUGUUAUGAGUAGACAAAAAGCACGAAACAGCUGUCCAUGGUUGGCUAUCUUUGGUCGAACGGACGAAAGAAGUACGUUUUGGUAAACUUUUUUUGUGGCAGGUUUUUAUAGUAGGAAGUACCAUCUCUCGGAAGUGUAGUUUCUUUGAGUAACCAAGUGAAUUUUCUCUUUUUAUAUACCUAGAUGUUUAAUAACGACUAUUGCUCUCGUCUUAAUUUCUACCAAUCACAAACGCGCAAUUUUGAAUUGGUAAAGGUUUCUAGAUGGAAAAAUUGUAUAACAGCACCUGUCAGCAGUUUUUUCGAGUUUAUCCGCGGCAAAAAUUGACAGCUGUAGUCACCAAAAAUUACGAUACCUCUGAUAACAAGUAAUUAUGGAUUAUGGUCCUCUAGGACACCAGAAAACGACGCUAAAAAAUUUUUCUGAUUUUAUUGUCAAUAAAUAUUGUAAUAUUGUCUUUAAACGGUGCUAAUCAGCUUAUGUAGUGAAAAUGAGUCGCUUUGGAAUUCUUUGGCUAAUAUUAUCGGGCGAUACGUCAAUAUGGAAACAGCCUACGGAAUUCUGCAAGGCAAAGAAAUACGAGCUUUUCUAAACAAGUUUAGAGCAACUAAACUAAAAGGUACAGGUAGUAUUGUGUGAUUAAACAAAUUACCGAUUUUUCAGUUUUCAAAUUAAUACCCAUAUAGUUUUUAUGUAUGCAUGUAAAAUAGCUAGUAUGUUUUGUAAGCUGUGUGUAUGCAGAAUAAUCUGUUUACUCAUGAAAUAGUCUUGUCAAAUACCAUUCGGGCAUCUAAUUUUUUCCUAUGAAAAUAAUCUAAAAAGCAAAAACAUUGGUGUAUGUGCACCAGCACUCCUGCUUCUUGUUAAAAUAUUACUUAGUGCUUUUUCGACCUUUCUCGGAAAAAUUAGAUGCCCUCAUGAUAUUAUUUAUGGAAAUAAAUUAUGUAUAGACUAAAAAGCUAUGAUUAUUGAAUCUUAUGCUUUUCAGGAAGAUAUAAAAAGGUAGGCUUUCAAAAAGUCUAACAACUUUGUGGGCACAUUUUAUUGUAUCAAUUUGUCAGCCUUCAUACUAAGGUCUCUCAUGUAAGUAUUCAUGGAAACAAGACCUUAUGGGAAUAUUUUUUCCAUUCAAAGGUUUACAUAAGAAAGUGAAUUCGUUUUUUUGUGUUUAAUUCUUCAUUCAGCCCUGUUAAAAAAAUUGAAACGACAGGGCUGAGUGAAGAGCUAGACACAUAGAAUGAUGAAUAUUACACCAUAUUAGUAAAUGUUAGAACUAUUAUACGAUUAUAUAUGUCUGUUUUAUCUUUUAUUCAUAAAUUUAGUUUAUUGGUUCAGUCACAGCUGGGUACAAUUAAACCUUUUUUUUAUUUUGUAUCAGAUUGUUAAACUAUGAACUUUUUUCUACAGAAUACUUUUUUUAGUAAUCAAAUGAUAAACUUGAGAAAUGUCACUCUGUAAAAGGACGUGUCUAUGUUUACCUUAGCGUUUUAUAAGGGAAAUAAAUUAUUUGUACGCAUUAAAAGCCUAC